GUGUGUCAUUUUAACUAUGGCGAGGGAAUCAACAAAUGGAAAUGAGAGGAAUGGGUACAAGCAGAGGUAAACAUUUCUUACACAUUCCAGUGACUAACAACUAUAGGCAAAUAAUCCUGACGGGCGGUACAUUUAUGUGGGGCGUGCACUACACUGUAGCCUACAUACAUGGAUUCUUUCGGCAAAGAUAACCGUGAAAGGAACGAAAUUAGUUUUUAAUUCACAGAGACCACCUCUGUUCUCGAAACCGGUGAUGCAGGGUCUCGCUGUCAUUCGAAGAAAGUGGGCCGUUUCUUAAGGUCUAAGGUCUACUUUCUAUAUUUCGCUCGAGAGAGUUGAGUGUUGGACGUCAAAAUGUUAACUGGAUCCAAAACCACGUUCAAAGUGAGACAGAUGGUUCCAGAUAUAAAGGAGAGGAUGCUGAGUCACAGUGGUGUCAACGCACGGGGGAGAGAUAUGUUUGGACUACGCUGCUUACCAGGAGAGUGUGUGCUCCAGAGGGCUGUGUUGGUGAGGAAGAAGCUAACUGCCAAGGAGGGGGGCGGAUGGCUGUCUGGCACUCUCUUCUGUACCCACUUCAGAGUGGCCUUUGUGCCUCAGGACAGCCCCAAACCUGACGACAACGCAGACCCUGUUCUCCUGGGGGAUCAUGACGUGGCCCUGGCCUCCAUUGAGAAGGUUGUAGCUGUGGGCCCAUCCCGGACCAAGCUGGUGACGGCUAGCUCCUCUCUGAAGUUCACUCCUGAGGAGCUGGUGUUGUACUGCCGGGACCUGCGUGUUCUCUGCUUCCUCUUCGACCGCCUCACCCCCGACACACAGGCUGUGGAGAUAACGUACACCAUUGCCAAGACCUACCAGCCUCUGAAGCCAGGGACUGUCCUCUCCUUCCAGAACGCAGCCCUGGGGAGUGUUGAGAUGAAGCAGUUUCUAAGCAACCGUAGGCGUGACGCCCAGAUGAACUGGUUUGAUAGUUUGCCGGACUGGGAGCAGGAGCUGGAGAGGACCGGGGCCUGUGGCUGGAGGGUCAGCUCUGUCAAUGACCGCUUUGAGAUGUCCACCAGUCUGCCCAAGUUCAACGUGGUCCCUCAGAAAGUUCUAGACACUGAGCUGAAGAAGACCUUUGCCCACUUCAACGAGGGACGCAUUCCUCGCUGGUGUUGGCGACAUCCUCGGGGCAGUGACCUGCUACGGAUGGCCAGCUUCCAGAACAACAUCUACCAUGAGAAGGAUGACAUCAGGAACUUGGAGUUGAUCCUGUUUGGGGGCCAGUCUCUAUGUGUGGUGGUGGAGCUGGGAGAUGAGAUGCCUUCACCCACAGACAUACAGCUGGCACACACCCGCCUACGGGCUCUGUGUCUGGGAGACAUCUCCACAUCUGUGUCUGUGCCAGAUGACAAAUGGCUGUCUACGCUGGAGAGCACCCAUUGGCUAGACUACACCAGGUGUUGUCUGAGGAAAGCUGCUGAGGUGGCCUGUCUGCUCCGCGGAGGUCACCUGACCGUGGUGCUUCAAGAGGCGGAAGACCGGGACAUGACCUGUGUGGUGUCCAGUCUGGUCCAGGUGAUGUGUGACCCCCACUGCAGGACCAGGGUGGGCUUCCAGGGCCUGGUGCAGAAGGAGUGGGUGAUGGCCGGACACCGCUUCCUCAGCCGCAUCAACUACCACAGGGACAGCGACAAGGAAGAGGCACCAGUGUUCCUGCUCUUCCUGGACUGUGUGUGGCAGCUGUGGGUCCAGUACCCGUCCCGCUUCCAGCUGACAGGGGACUUCCUGCUGGCCCUCCAUGACAGCUUCCACCUGCCCCUCUUCAGCAGUUUUCUGGCCAACUGUCAAAGGGAGAGGUGCAAACGCUCACAGAACCUAUCCCAGAGUUACACUCCAGUGAACGGCUGGAGAGAUGUGGUACCCAGGGGCUCCUUCCCGGACCCCUCAGACCCCCCUCUGCCCCCUGUGUGGGACUGGGCUCUGCAGUACAGCAGCCAGAGACGGGAAGGUUUCACCCAGCCAGGGUCUCUGCCCGCCCUGCCACAGCCCCUAUUCAACGGCAACCUCAACACCAACCCUGAGGCACACAGGCUGAGUGACAGCGCACCAGGCUCUGUGUUCCUGCUCUCCAGGGGCUCCUUCUCUUGCUCUGCUAACCUCCUGCCCUGGCGCAGCGGAGGGGGCUCAGGCGUCUAUCGGAAGAGCCACCGGAGAGGGGGGUCCUCCUCAGAGAACCUGCCGGGCCUGGAGAGGCUUCUAAAGGCCUGGGCCCUCACAGAGCUCCCCCAGGGCCACACCACCACCAUAUCGGGUCUCCAGGGGCCCCUGGACCCCUAUGAGCCUCUGCUGCCCUUGCUCCUGGGGCCCUGCUUAGGUGUGUGGAGAGACUGCUACCUCCGUGGGGCUCUUCAUGCUCAGGCGUUCUCCCACCCCAUCUCCUCAUCCACCCAGCACCCAGUGGAACAGCUAGCCUGGGAGGUCCAGCAGCUUAGAGACAAGCUGGCAUUGGCCUCCAGCCCCACUAACACAGUCCCAGCCAAGACACAGGAGCCCCGUCAGACAGACUCCAACCUCAACCAGAACACCAACAAUAGCACCUUCCUCUUCCCAGCCUGCAGACACCCUGGGCCGGUUGUCUCCAGAACCACGCCCCCUAUCUUGAACCUCCAACCCAUGGUUCCUCCAGUUUCCUCUGCCCCUCUAUCUAGACCUGGCCCCAGAGACAGCAGCAAGCACACAUUCCUAUUUGGCCACCCAUCCUCUUCAGAGGCCCGUCCAGACCAGCGUUACUACCCCGCGCCCAAUAAUAAUGCCAAGCUGCCCAAGAGCAACGGUCCUUCACUGGGUUCCUGAGCUCUGGGUGUCCGCUGUUAGCACAAAUGGUACAAACUCUUCCUCCUGGCUCAGCACUCUAGAACCUAUACACACCCUCCAAGACUCUAUUUCCUUCCCCGACACCUGAUCUCUGGGUGGAACCUGAUGUGAUUUUCCUGUCAAGGCCUGUUUGAAGGGCUUUGAGGCCAUAACAAGACAAGGAGAGUCAUGUACUGAGCAGGGAGGAGAGACUAAACUGCAGUAAUAAUGCAUUGAGCAGUGCAAAGCACAAAUAGUAUUGAUCAGACCAGCUGUUUUUAGAAUCAUGAUUUCAGCUGAGUGACAACCUUCAUUCUUGACCAGACAGCUAUAAUAGGACAGUUGUCCUGACUCUUCGCUCCUUUUGAGUGACAAUAACCCCCAGUUCCAAAACCAACUCAGCCUUGAGAGGGAAAAUACAGAGAGCUGUUCACCAAGUAAACACUAGGGACAGACAUUGGCGACACAAAAAAACAUGCAGUUGUAACUCCAGGCAUUUUGUCCAGUAAAUUUGAUCUGGAAUUUAGGGCACUGGAGCUAUUUUGAUACUGUUCCCAUAUCUUUAUACUUGCAUGCAUGCUAGUAGUGAACUCCGUAUCAUAACCCUGUUUUUCAGAUUAUGGCCAUGGUCAGUUAAUAUUGCUGUAAGUGUGCAUGAUUGAGGUAAAAGUGCUAUUAUUUCUAUGGUCUGUGCAUCUCUAUUGAGAGUUCGAAGUAUUAUUGACCAACUUUAGUUGCGUAUGAAUUUCAGAAUAUUUAACGAUACAUUCUUAAGUGGUCGUGACCAAGAUGAGUAUUACUCCCCCCCCCCCCCUUAUGGUGUCAUUGUGCAAACCAUAAGUUCUGAUGGUUCAUAUUUAUAAUUUCCUUUUAUUUGGUUCUUCUAGAUGUAGCUUAUUUUAAGGUAAGCUACUUUUUUUUUUAAAUAGUGUAUUUUUUCACGACUUGUCCUGACUGCUAGUUUCGUAUGCAGCUAGCAUUCAGGUCAAGGACUUCUAAAUGCGUCAUUUCAUUCAAAGCCCAGUGAGCUAUUGGGACUGGGCCACUCAGUCCAGCCAGAUUGUUGUUUGCAUGAUGUGGAUAUUAAGCAGCAAAUACACUGGCAUGAUUUCCAUAUACUGUAACACUCUUCAGACUACAGGGAUGUACUGUGUGUUUAUACAAAACUAGCAUUUACAUGCAGAGAAGUACUUGUGUUCUGUGACAUAGGAUGAAAAGGUUUCUGGCUGGCAUACAAUGUAUUUCUCACUGAAAUGUUUCAUGUUUAUUAUGAACUAUAAAGGCUGAAGGUGGUAAUGUAUGUGACUUACAUUGGUCUGUAUUACCUACAGUCAUUCCUAUGCCUCAGUACGAGAGCAUUUUGAAUUAUUCAAGGUCUGUAAAUAUUCAUUGUUGAAUAUCACAGCACACUGAUAUCAGUUACUGAAUAUCAGGUUGUUUGAGUUUUUGGAUUUGAUGCCAGUACAUUUGCUCUUGUCUUCUAUGGAAAAAACACACGGCCAUCACAUUCCCUAAUGGCAUUGGCUAUUCAAAGAGAAAAUGAAAGUCUCCUUUUGCAUGAGACCCUACUUCCUGUAUCUAUACACUAUUAUAUAUUUAAAUGUUUUGGUACGAAUGACAAAAUGAUUUGCCAGAUGUACAUAUUUUUUUGUAUCAGCAUGUUAGGAUCCUGAUUAAUAAACUGUAUUAUAAGUUCAUAAAA